AUGCCUCCAAAGAUCGGCGGGCCUGGGACGGAAGGCGCAGAACACACCGUCUCCUCCACCUCCUCGACCGAAACGAAGGAAAUCAACUACGGUGGCCCCAAUGGCCUUCACAACGAAAUCGACUGGAAGGAUUACAUUGUUGACUUCAAUGGCAAAGACGACCCGGAGCACCCUCACAAUUGGCCAAUGCGCAAGACGUUGACGACGGCGAUCAUCUUGGGGUAUACGACGUUGUGUUCCGCGUGGGGAUCUUCGGUGUUCUCGCCAGGACAGGCCUACGUACAAGCUGAAUUUGGGAUUUCUCAUGAGGUUGCGACACUUACUCUCUCGCUUUACGUCUUGGGAUUCGCAUUCGGUCCCCUGUUGUGGGGUCCCCUCUCCGAAAACAUCGGCAGAAAACCACCUCUCAUUAUCGGCAUGCUUGGCUUCUCCAUCUUCCAGAUUGCAGUCGCAGUAGCAAAGGACGUGCAAACCGUCAUGCUCGGCCGCUUCUUCGGUGGUGUUUUCGCAUCGUGCCCACUUGCCGUCGUCGGUGCUGCGUUCGCGGAUAUGUUCAAUCAGCAGUGGCGCGGUAAGGCUAUGACGAUCUUCGCGGCGAUGGUGUUCAUGGGACCCAUGGCUGCACCGAUUGUGGGUGGGUUUAUUGCGAAGAGUUAUUUGGGGUGGAGGUGGACGGAGUAUAUCACUGCCAUCAUGGGGUUCUUUGCGCUCUUCCUCGAUUUGUUCUUCUUCUCCGAAUGUUAUGCGCCGGCCAUCUUGGCGAACAAGGCUAAGCGUCUCAGGAAGGAGACUGGAAACUGGGCCUGGCACGCGAAACUUGAGGAGAAAACUCUCACUCCCAGGGAUAUGGUCAGGGAUCUUGUUGGCCGUCCCUUCUACUUGUUGUUCCGCGAACCGAUUAUCUUGUUGAUGACUAUCUAUACCGCCUUCGUUUACGGUAUCCUUUACCUCUUCCUCACCGCCUACGGUUACGAGUUUGCCCUCAUCCGCCACUGGGAGCUUGGAGUUUCAUCUCUCCCCUACGUCGGUCUCAUGGUCGGUGAGAUGAUCGGUUGUGGAAUCGUCUUGGCGUUCGAGCCUUACUAUCUUCGUCGUUGUAUGGCCAAGGGCGGAAAGCCUGACCCGGAGGCGCGUUUGCCGCCUAUGAUUAUUGGUUCGGUGUUUUUCGCUGCUGGGUUGUUCUGGUUCGGCUGGACGGGUAAGCCGUCUAUUCACUGGAUCGUGCCGUCCUUGUCUGGAAUCUUCACUGGUAUCGGGUUGAUGACCAUCUUCUUGCAAGCCAUCAACUACAUCAUCGACACCUUCUUGAUGGUCGCCGCGACUGCCCUUGCCGCAAACACCUUCCUCCGUUCCUUGUUUGGAGCCGCAUUUCCGUUGUUUGCCCUCCAGAUGUACCAGAACUUGGGUGUUGAUUGGGCGAGUAGUUUGUGUGGGUUUAUCGCCGUUGCGCUUAUUCCCAUUCCUAUCUUGUUCUUUUAUUACGGACCCAAGAUUCGGGGGAUGUCGAAGAAUGCGCCGAAGAUCUAA